CGGAGCGCUUGCCCACCUUCAGCGUGCGCAGCCCGGUCAGGCGUCGCCUGCGAGCUUGACCUAGGGUCGGGCCCCGUCGGGUGCGCGGCCGCACUCGGAAAGAGCCCGCUUUGAGCCCCUUCUCUCGGUCUCCAAAGCGUCCUCCCGCCUCCCGGCGCUCCCCAUGCACCUGCCGGGCUGCGCGCCCGCCAUGGCCGACGGGAGCUUCUCGCUCGCCGGCCACAUGCUCCGCAGCCCGGGCGGGAGCACCUCGCGGCUGCACAGCAUCGAAGCCAUCCUGGGGUUCACCAAGGACGACGGGAUCCUAGGUACCUUUCCGGCGGAGCCGGGCGCCCGGGGCGCGAAGGAGCGAGAUAGGAGGCUGGGCGCGCGGCCCGCCUGCCCCAAGGCGCCCGGUGGAGGGGCCGAGCCCUCCCCGCCGCCGGCCCCGGCGCCCGCCCCGGAGUACGAAGCCCCUCGCCCCUACUGCUCCAAGGAGCCCGGGGAAGCACGGCCGAGCCCAGGGCUGCCGGUUGGGCCAGCCACCGGGGACGCGAAGCUGUCGGAGGAGGAGCAGCCCAAGAAAAAACACCGGCGGAACCGCACGACUUUCACCACGUACCAGCUGCACGAGCUGGAGCGCGCGUUCGAGAAGUCCCACUACCCCGACGUGUACAGCCGCGAGGAGCUGGCGGGCAAGGUCAACCUACCGGAGGUCCGGGUCCAGGUUUGGUUCCAGAACCGACGGGCCAAGUGGCGGCGGCAGGAGAAGCUGGAAGUGUCCUCCAUGAAGCUACAGGACUCGCCCCUCCUUUCCUUCAGCUGCUCCCCACCCUCGACGACUCUGGCGCCCCUCGGGGCUGGCCCGGGCAGUGGCGGCGGGCCGGCGGGGGGUGCGCUGCCGCUGGAGUCGUGGCUCGGGCCGCCGCUGCCGGGCGGGGGCGCCACCGCGCUGCAGAGCCUGCCGGGCUUCGGGCCGCCGGCGCAGGGCCUGCCCGCCAGCUACACGCCGCCGCCGCCGCCCUUCCUCAACUCCCCGCCGCUGGGCCCCGGCCUGCAGCCUCUCGGGCCGCCGCCGCCCGCCUACCCGUGCGGGCCCGGCUUCGGGGACAAGUUCCCGCUGGACGAGGCGGACCCGCGCAAUAGCAGCAUCGCGGCGCUGCGCCUGAAAGCCAAGGAGCACAUCCAGGCCAUCGGGAAGCCGUGGCAGGCCCUCUAGGGGCGCUGGGGAGCAUCUUGGGAGGCGACCGAGCCGCGCGCGCCGUACCCUCACCCGCUCUCCCGGGGCCCCCCACGCAGCCACUGUUCUCCCGUCCCGCCUGCAAGCCACGGCCAGGCUUCCGUCAGGGACGUGCACCUGUUCCUGUCGCACGAGGGGGAAGGCCAACCCUCAGGCCUGCGGAGGCCCCUGGCCACCCCACGCUCUUCUUGGCCCCCAGCCCCGCAGCGGGCGGGGAGGCGGCUUCCGGGCCCCGCGGGCCGCGCCGCUCCCAUCCCCGCGGGCGCUGGGGCCGAAGGGGCCAAAGCUCCUGAACUUGACCAUUCCCAGGCGGCUUGGAGACCCCAGCUAACAAUAACAAGGCGGAAGGAGAGGCAGAAAAAUAGAAUUUGAGAAACUUUUGUAUAAGUAGUUUCAAAGUAUUUGAAAGGAGAAUUAAAGAUUUGUUUGUUUU